UCCUCUCCAUCUUCCAUAUUUCUGUGCGCUGGCCUCGCAGAAUAAUAAUGUAUAAUGAUGAUGUUGACGCCGUUUUGGAAUAUGCCUAAUAAUAUCGGCCUCUGAAAAUGCGUCUGCGCGAAUAAUGCAGAGUUUUCAAGGCCGAAUAUAAUCAUAAGGGGGAGUGGGAAAAAAACAAUGGGGGCUAACAGGAGAUGAGGAACAAGUGUCAAAUCUCAGCUGAGGAAUUCAGCAUACAGCAGGCAUGUCCUCACAACUCCAAUCAUUUUCCUCACCUUCCAUAUCAUCCAGUGGCCCCUCCCGCUCCAAAAAACUCAAGGUGGAAAACCAUGCAUGGAACAUAAGCAGCCAAUCAGAAGAAAGCAGCUUCUACCAGAAGAGCCCAAACCAGACAAAUAGCUCCUCUCUCUCUACAUCUGGCUUCAACCCCAAUUACAACUCCUCCAACCUGCUCUUUCCUUCAGGAAGUUCACGCGAACAGACGAAGGUACGUGCUGCGGAUAGCACCGGCAGCAUCCCAGAGCCUUCAUUCUCCUCCUCCUCAUCAUCUACAUCUAGUAGGUGUGGUAAAGAUGCAGGCUCCGCCUCUCUGACUUACGAGAGCGACCAUAAACCAGGCAAUCUGAAGCGUAAAAUUGAGGAGGUGGACAGCAGUGACAGCGUGCAGAUCUUAGAGGAGCUUUCGGCGCCUGUGCUGCCCAAUCGUGUUGCUGGAGGCAAAGCUACGGCUCAGUCCAUCGCUCAUUCCACCUCCACCACCAAAAGCAGCAACUCUCACAGCGAGGGUGACUACCAACUGGUCCAACAUGAGAUCCUUUGCUCUGUCUCUAAUAGUUAUGAGGUGCUGGAGUUUCUUGGACGUGGAACAUUUGGACAGGUGGCGAAAUGCUGGAAGCGUGGAACCAAUGAGAUCAUGGCCAUUAAGAUUCUGAAGAAUCACCCGUCAUAUGCCCGUCAGGGUCAAAUAGAGGUGAGCAUCCUUAGCCGUCUUAGCUCGGAGAAUGCAGAUGAAUUCAACUUUGUGCGCUCUUAUGAGUGCUUUCAGCACAAGAACCACACCUGUCUGGUGUUUGAGAUGUUGGAGCAGAAUCUGUAUGACUUUCUUAAGCACAGCAAGUUCAGUCCUCUGCUGCUCAAGUGCAUCCGGCCCGUUCUGCAGCAGGUUACAACGGCGCUCAUGAAGCUCGAGAGUCUGGGUCUGAUUCAUGCUGAUCUGAAGCCUGAGAACAUCAUGCUGGUGGAUCCCAUCAGACAGCCCUACAGAGUCAAAGUCAUUGACUUCGGUUCUGCCAGUCACGUGUCUAAAGCCAUGUGUUCCACCUACCUGCAGUCCAGAUACUACCGUGCUCCAGAGAUCAUCCUGGGCCUUCCUUUCUGCGAGGCCAUUGACAUGUGGUCGUUGGGUUGUGUCAUUGCUGAACUCUUUCUGGGCUGGCCGUUGUAUCCUGGAGCUUCAGAGUAUGAUCAGAUUCGGUACAUAUCCCAGACUCAAGGCUUGCCAGCCGAGUAUCUCCUGAGUGCCGGCACUAAAACCAGCCAGUUCUUCCACAAAGGUCCAGACUCCAGCUACCCUCUCUGGAGACUCAAGACUCCCACAGAGCACGGGGCAGAGUUUGGCAUAAAGUCCAAAGAGGCUCGCAAAUAUAUUUUCAACUGCCUUGAUGACAUGAUGCAGGUCAACAUGACUAAUAUGGAGGGCACAGAUAUACUGGCAGAGAAGGCAGAUCGGAGGGAGUUCAUUGAUCUGCUGAAGAAAAUGCUAAUACUAGACGCAGACAAGCGGAUCACACCCACCAAGACUCUCAAUCAUCCGUUUGUAACGAUGGCUCACCUACUUCACUUCCCGCACAGCUCUCAUGUAAAAUCCUGCUUCCAAAACAUGGACAUCUGCAAACGCAGGUGUACUGCCUUUGACAACAAGAACCUGUUUGCCGGUCACAACGCCCCCGGUGCUGCUGCCAACCUCACUGUCACCUUCAGCAGUCAGCUUAACCAGCACAGUCAGAUGGCCUCCACUGGGGGCCAGUCCCUGUCUCUUAGCAGCAAUGUUCCUUUAUUGAACUACCAGCCUGGACUGUACCAGCAGGCCACUAUAAAUAUACCAGGAUUGGCACAGCAAAGUGUGCCUCUGCAGACUCGCCCCACUCAGCUGUGUGCUCAGACUGAACCCUUCCAGCAAACCCUCAUUGUGUGCCCUCCUACCAUACAGGGGCUGCAAAACAAGCAUGCAGGCUAUCCAGUGAGAAUGGACAACUCUGUCCCCAUAGUACCCCAGAACCAAUCCACCCAACCACUACACAUUCAGCCCGGCAUGCUCACACAGCAGGGCUGGCAAGCAGGCACACAGCAGAUCCUUAUUCCCUCUUCAUGGCAGCAGAUGUCAGGCAUGACCAUGCACAACCCUGGCCAGCCAGUGCUGUCUGACUGUCCUGUGAGCUCUCUGCUCUCAGAUAGCACCACCCAGAACAACAGCUCGAGGAGUCGACAUGGAGGUCAGUGCGACGGGACGCAGCAGGGCACUACACAGGGGCGUAAUGUGAACACACAGAUCUCCCACACAGGACCAGCCAACAGUCGCACGCAACAGAGCAAGGUCAAGAGGUCAAAAGGUCGUCAUGCUGAGAGCAGAGCCAGGCCCAUGAAGUCCCUGCAUCCAAUUCUUUCUGUGGUGCAUAACUGCGGUGAUGCGUCCCAGCCAAUCGUCAUCUGCGACACGCCCAGCCCAGCUGUCAGCAUUAUCACCAUCCACAGUGAUACGGAGGAUGAGGAUGACAGGAAGAUUCCACCUAUAAGUGUGAACCAGCGUGCAAACGUGAUCAGCUGUGUGACUGUUCAUGACUCCCAGGAUUCAGACUCCUCCAUCAGCACUCCUUUCAGCCCCAAACGCCUCCCUGACUUUAAAGGGAACAAAACGCAGCACUCCUCCAAAUCUCUGGCUGUGGUCAUGCCCUCAGUGAAGACACAGCUCUGGGAUGGAGCAUCAACAGAGCAAAAUUCGAAUAGUUCGGGAAAAUCAAAGAAAGCUUACUCGCAGUUCAGCGGUGACCAGCAUCAGAGGGCAGCAUCUAACAGAUCUCAGCCUCUAAACCUCAGCCAGGCGCAGCAGUCAAUGAUGUCAUCUCACGACCGCUCGGGGGGCAGGUCCCGUAGACGCCAGUCCACCUACCCUCCUACAGGCCCCUCCCACUACAGGCUACACGAAGCGGCACUCUUCGGAUCCGCCUCCAGCCUCUACGCUUACCCAGCGUCUGCAGCCCUGGCCUCCGUAUCACAGGCAGUCGACCAGUUGCACAAUUCAGCCAGUUCCUCCUCGUCCUCGAUCCAUCACAAGCGCACCGCUGGGCCGUACUCGGCCUCGUUGAGUCUCCUGCAGAAGAACAGUGCCAUGGGCGUCAUGUGUCAGACUCCAUACCAACAACAGCAGCUGUCUGCGCAAUCAUACCAGCGCUCCCUCAGCCAGAGAAAACUCAACUAGUACUCUUACCUAUGAGAGGACAAAAAAUGCCCGCACAUGUGUCCACUGAUUUAAGAGCUUUGAUAUUUGGUGGUGGAAAACUCAAAAUGACAUUUGAUCUUUAUCAUGUUUCUUUUAAUAAUAGUGUUAUUUUAUUUGUUUGAUUCAUUUUAGUGUUUGUUGUCUUUAAAGCAUUUCAAAGAGCACUUACUGCAUUUUAGGUCAUUUCAGAACAUAAAAUGCGAAUGUUUGAUGUGAAAGUUUCAUAUGAAAUAAUGGACAUUGUAAUCAAGUAACCAGUCAUUUACUUUUAUGCACUAAAGCAAAAGGGAACAUUGCAGCUUUCUAACGAAUGAAUUGCAUUUCUUCUCCAAACCGUUAUAGAGAUGCAACCUUUUAAAUGUUGGCUGAGAUAAUUCAUUUCAAAUGCUUUCCUUUUUACAUAGUGCAUAAAACUGAAUGUGUUUCUUGGUUAAAGAGUAGGUCACAUAUUUUAAACAUUUCUAUAAUAACUCAGGCUUUCAUUAUAAUUUAGUUUGAAUUGACAUUUAUAGAAUUCAUGUUUAUACAUUUCUGUCUUUUUUAUGUGCGUCCGCAGGAAAUAACUGGCGAUAUCUCCACUAGAACAGCUUAAAUGGUAUUUAUAAAUGAUUUACUGACAUCUAUCUAAUUCAAAAUAUGUCAGAAUGAUGCAUAAAUGAUGAACUCUGACAAUGCCUAAGCAUUCUGCUGGCAUACCCAAAUGUUGUAUUUGGAAUAGUUACAUUUGCAACAUGCAGUGCCUUGCAAAAUUAUUCAGACCCCUGACCAAUUAUCUCAUGUUAUUGAAUGACAAAUGGUGCAAUUAAAUUUCAUUCUGUUUGAUAUUUUAUUUUAAAACACUGGAACUCAAAAUCUGUUAUUUAUAGGUAACAUUGGUUCUAUAUUGGUUCUAUUAAUUUAAAAGCUGAAAUAUCUGGCUUGCAUAAGUAUUCAACCCCUGUGCUGUAGAAGCUGCCAGGUUACAACGAUGAAAGAAAUUGCCCUAACAAGGACACAAUUGCUUUACCAUUGACAUCCACCUGUGAAUAAUUAAAGUUGCAAUCACAUUUUCUGGAUGAAAACCCAUUGUUGAAGGAUCAUUGGUCAGGCUGUGAAUCUAAAGGAAAAUGAAGACCAAAGAGCAUUCCACAGAAGUUAGAGAUAAAGUAAUACAAAUGCAUAGAUUAGGGAAAGGGUACAAAAUAAUAUCCAAAUGUUUGAAUAUCCCAGUGAGCACAAUUAGAUCAAUAAUCAGGAAGUGGAAGCUGCACCACACAGGCACUGCCAAGAAAAGGCCGUUCCUCAAAAUUCAGUGCUCUAACAAAAGGAGACUUGAGAGAGAAGCCACAGAGAGGCCAACAAUCACUUUUAAGUGGCUGGGAGUUGAGUAAUGGUGCACCAGUCUGCCAUAUCUAGAGCACUGCAUAACACUGGCCUGUAUGGGCGGGUGGCAAGAAAGAAGCCGUUACUCAAAAUGUACCAUCUGAAAGCACGUCUGGAGUUUACCAGAAAGCAUGUGGAGGGACCCAGCUGCGAUGUGGAAGAAGGUUUUGUAGUCCGAUGAGACCAAGAUAGAGCUUUUUGGCCAAAACUCAAAGCGCUGUGUGGCGCAAACCUAACUCUUCCUAUGUCUCAAGACACAACAUCCCUACAGUGAAGUAUGGUGGUGGAAGCAUCAUGCUGUAGGGAUGCUUCUCAUCAGCAGGGACUGUUAGAGUUAAAGGAAGAAUGGGUAGAGCAAAAUAUAGGGAUAAAACUGAAAGAGAACCUGCUUCAGUCUGUUAAAAAACUGAAGCUUGGGAGGAAAUUCACCUUCAGCAUGACAAUGAUCCCAAGCACAAGGCCAAAGCAACAUUGGAGUGACUCAAGAACAAAAUGAUAAAUGUCCUACAGUGGGCCAGUCAAAGUCCUGAUCUCAAUCCUACUGAGAAUCUGUGGCACUAUUCGAAAAGUGCAGUCCACAAGCAUCACCCAACCAACCUGAACAACCUGGAGCAAAUCUGCCAAGAAGAAUGGGCCAAAGUCACUUGCCGUGUGCAAAGCUGGUACAUAUGUACCCCAAAAUACUUUAAGCAGUUAUUGCAGCAAAAGGUGGCUCGAUCAAAUAUUAAUGUGUGGGGGUUGAAUACUUAUGCAAGCAAGAUAUUUCAGUUUUGUAUUUUUAAUACAAAUUCACCUUAGAAUAAUUGAUUUUGUGUUUCAGUGUUUUAAAAUAAAAUAUCAAUUCGAAUGAAAUUUCUGUGUAUUUUUUGUAAUUCGAUAAUAUGAGAGAAUUGUUCAGGGGUCUGAAUACUUUUGCAUGGCACUGUAUUUGAAAGUGGGUCUAUUUCUGUAACAGUACAAGGGAUGUUACUGCUGUUUCUUGGUGAACCAAGACUAACCCAAAAUAUCCUUAGAAACUGUGCAAAAAGUUUUUACAUGACAUUUUAUGUAUCAAAUUUAUGCUCAAACAUAUUCCUAAUAUUAGUAAUUGGAAUGUGUAUAGUUUGAAUUAAGGGUCCAAACAAACAGCUGUUCAAAGUUUGAUCCUAGCGUCACUUCUCGCUCAUUUACUAUUAAAUAAUGGCUAGAGGAUUAUUCAAAAUAGUUUUUCUUUUUUGAUAUUUUACAGAUGUUUGAUAACUAACAUUUUACUUUAUUACCAUUAACAUUUUGUUAUAUGACAGUCGAGAGCUCUUGAGCACAAAAUAUCACAAGUUAACUUUCUAUGUUAACAUAAUUGCUCUCCAAUUUAUUUAUUGAAUUAUGUGUGGACUAUCGAUAGAUAUUUGUAUAUUUGUUUUUAUUUAACAAUAAUAAUUGCUCUUUCUUUUAAUUACAUUUUUAUAGACUUUGUAUAGUUUUUUUAGGUUCAUUUGAAAGUACCCUCAAUUUUACUGGCACUCAAGGUUAGGGUAUACUUUUAGGCUUAUACGUAAGAUUUACCGCGUGCCGUUCCUUCUCGUUUGAUGCACGAGACUGCGCCUGCUUCGUAAUACACUCUAGCCUAGUCAACUGGACGCGCAUGCGCCAAUGAUGAACUAGGCUGCACGACGAGUAAUGUGCUGAUGGCGACAUUUGCGUUGCGCAGAAAACCGAAGUAUACUCUGGCCUUUAUAUGAUUAUGUGUUCAGUGUGAAUUGUGACGACAGUUACAUGUUAUUUGUUAUGUAAUGUCGCCAGCAUUGUGUCCUAAUACACGUUAAGUUCAUACUGACAGCGAUUUGCAACAACAAACGUUGGCGAUUGUAACGCUAUUGGUGUGUUUUCGGUGCUUUGCGACGUAAUACAGUUACAGCUAAACAGGAAACAUGUAAUGUUUAAUAGACAGUUAUGUGGAGCAGGAUUACAGUGAACAUGGCUACAUCAGAAAUGAAAACUUCGCGACUGACAAAAAGUUGCAGUCGUGUAUGGCAAGCCCUUUUGACAUAUAUUCACAUGCAGGAAAUGAAUGAUAGUUCCCUCUCGAGAGGUCUCUCCUAUUGCGUAAGUAGCUUACGCUAUGGGAAAA